AUGGCGUCGUCUGAGGUUGAUCAAAAAUUCCUCGGCCGCCUGGCAAGGGCCGUCGAAAAUGACAACCCCCUGCUCUCCUCGAUGCUCUUCAAGAUCCUCGGUCUGUCACUUAACCUUGCCGAGCAGCUCGUAGCCGCCAAGAAACAGCGCCGGCCCGAACCUGCCACCUCGCACUUCUUCUUGAGGCGCGUCCUCCACAUCAUCUGGCUGUCCCGCGAAGGCCUCGUCAUGCUCCAGCAAUAUGUCAUACCCAUGGUUGGCAACUACGUCGAGCUCAAGGUCCUGGCCUACAAACUGCGCGCCAGCUUCCAUCACAUCUUCGUCCUGUUCCACAACCAGCCUCCCGUCUCCGACAUGGCUCGCUGGACCCCGGCCCUCAUGAGCACCGCUCUCGACGUGCUGUCCACAGCAGGCAAAGAUCUGGGCGAGUCUUAUAGCCCACAAGACCCGCCAUCGAGGCCAUCGUCAGUCCAGCCCACACACCCUAUGGAAGGUGGUCCUGUCGGCCCCCCGCCGGGCUUCGAGCCGCACGUCGCCCUGUUGCCGCCCUCCUUCCUCCUGCCUUCCAACGACUACAUCCCCGAUGCCCACAAAUACUUCAGGCAGGCCGUCGGCCUGGCUGAUGAGUUGCUCUGGGGCUCGCACUCGUUGCGCCUCUCCGUCAAGACUGAGUACGCCGCGUUUCUCUACGAUUGCAUUCACGAUGCUGAGGCCAGUCGGAGCCUGGCCAAGGAGACCAUCGCCGAGGUCUACGACGCGACCGAGGGCAUGGACGACGACAUGUUCCGCGACGCCUGUGAGCUCGUCACCGUUUUGGGAAAGAUGGUGACACGCGGACUCGGACCCGACACUCCGGUUCGUGGCAAGGGACGCGAGCCAAAACCAGCGCUCGGCCCCGCGCUCGUACCGCCGCCUGGAAUGGAAAACCCGAUAUGA